AUGGUUUCCACACCGCAGUAUCGCAAAGAACUGCAGCGCGUAAAGACGGGAGCAUCUGCGACCAAGAGAAACAGCAGAGACAGAGACAUGACGAACAUCCCGAAUGGCACGCCGACGGAGAGGACCGGACUGGUGAGUGGGCGACAGAAUGGGGGCGCGGGCAUGGGCAUCGACGGCCACCGCAAGAGCUCCCUGACGGCCUUCUUCGAAUUCUUCGCCCAGAAGAACCACACGGCUGGAAUGGAGAGUGAGAACAAGUUCGUGAGGAUUCCUGCACUAGCCGUGCAAGCUACUAAAGUGACCUUGUACAGCAACUAUGUCAAUAUCCUCUUGGUCUUCGUGCCGCUGGGUAUGGUUGCUGGUGCAAUGGGCUGGAAUUCCACGGUUGUUUUCUUUCUCAAUUUCUUUGCCAUUGUGCCCCUCGCCGCCGUCCUGUCGUUUGCGACCGAGGAGAUAUCCAUGAAGCUGGGUCAGACGAUGGGUGGUCUCCUGAACGCGACGUUUGGAAAUGCGGUCGAGUUGAUCGUCAGUAUUGUGGCGUUGAAGGAUGGGCAGAUCCGAAUCGUGCAAUCGAGUAUGUUAGGGAGUAUCCUCUCCAAUAUGCUUCUUGUGCUUGGGUGCUGCUUCUUAGCAGGUGGCAUUCACAAUUCUAGGACAGGCACAGCACAUGGGAUCCAGCAAGACUUCAAUUCGACCGUGGCCUCGACCAUGUCUUCGUUGAUGACUGUUGCAGCAGCAUCUCUGAUCAUCCCAGCUACGAUCAAGGAGAGGAACAUCUUGAUCCUCUCGCACGGAACCGCCAUCAUUCUCCUCAUCCUCUACGUCCUCUACCUCUUUUUCCAACUCCGCACGCACGCCAGCCUCUUCGACGCGGAAACGCCAGAAGACGAAGAGGAGGAGGAGGAGGAGGAGCCACAAUUGACUCCCUGGGCUGCGGGUUGUGUCCUCUUGGUCGUCACUAUCGCGGUAGCUAUCUGCGCAGAGUACCUCGUCGGGUCCAUUGAUGCUCUGGUGGAGUCAUCCGGCAUCUCGAAAACCUUCAUCGGACUGAUUCUCCUGCCCAUCGUGGGUAACGCGGCCGAGCACGUCACGGCCAUCGUGGUCGCGGUGAAAGACAAGAUGGACCUCGCCAUGGGUGUUGCGAUUGGUAGUUCGAUGCAGAUCGCCCUACUUGUGACCCCCGCCUUGGUCCUGCUCGGAUGGGUGAUCGGGGUGAAUAUGACGCUCCACUUUGAGACAUUCGAAACUGUCGUCUUCUUCUUGAGUGUGUUGGUGGUCACAUACGUGAUCCAGGACGGGAAGAGUAAUUACCUCGAGGGCGCGAUGCUACUUGGACUUUACAUCAUAAUCUCCCUGGCCUUCCUUGUUUACCCCGACCGUGCCACUUCAGACGACCCUAACCACGGCGACGCGAUUGGCGAUUCGGCGGCUUUGGUCGCGAGAUCUCUCGGGGCCCUGGUUGGUGUUUCCAGAGGAAACCCAUUGGGAAAGCAAAACGCUUCUCCGCGCAGACAGGCCAGAAUUUCCUUUGUUCGGGUGGGGGGGAGCAAGGGGACGAGGGUACUUUACCCCGAGAGAAAACAAUCCGACAUGAAUAAGGCUGCGUUAUUGUACGAGUAG